GGCAGGACAUACCACAUAUCGCAUACCACAUCGCAUAUCGCGUCCCACGCAAAACACACCACCCAUCUUAGGUAACGCACCACCUCCCUCCCUCAUCGGCGGCAUCCCGGGCCUCAGCGCCUUAAACCCUCUGCUACGCCUCGCCAACAUUUAAAUCCUCUCACGAGUCCCCCAACCUCUCCUGGAAAAAUAGAAUAGAAAUAUUACAAAAACGAGAAAGAACUCUCAUCGUAGCCACAACCGGCCAUUUCUCUCUCCUAUUCCUCACGACAACCCGGCAUUCUGCAGCAAAUGCGAUGCGCGAGUAACACCUCUAGACCAGCCAGCAUGGGUCAACCACCAGAACCCUCGGCGUCGUCCAGCUCGUCGUCGUCGUCGUCGUCGUCGUCCAGUUCGUCGAGUAGCUUCGUUGAGCCGCCGGACGACAGCGGCGACGAGACCAGGGAGGGCCGGUGCGGCUUCGUGCCCAAGUUCCUCGACCGCCUCGAGCACUUCACCUGGGCCAACUACACCUUCCCCAUGGCCACGGGCGGCAUCGCCCUCUUGUUGGCGGAGAAGAACCAGGGCUUCGCGUUCCCGGGCCUGCAGACGAUCGGCAAGGUCUUCUACCUCCUCGCCCUCGUCGUCUUCGUCCUCGUCACCGCCGCCAUCACUUACCGCUUCGUGCGUUUCCCCGGCACCUUGCGCGCCUCCGUCACCCACCCGACCGAGGCUCUCUUCCUCGGCACCUCCACCCUCAGCGCCGCCUCCCUCAUCUCCGGCAUCGCCCACUACGGCAUCCCCGCCUGCGGGCCCUGGCUCGCCGUCGCCUACCGCGUCGUAUUCUGGAUCUACUUCGCCGUCACCUUCGUCAUCGCCGUCGGCCAGUAUUCCCUCCUCUUCACCUCCCCGCUCCUGCGCAUCCAGGACAUGACGCCCGCCUGGGAUCUGCCCAUGUUCCCCUUCAUGCUGUCCGGCACCGUCGCCGCCACCGGGGCCGCCUUCCAGCCCCCCGAAGGAGCAAUCUCCAUGAUCGUCGGCGGCCUAACUGCUCAGGGCCUCGGAAUGUGCGUCUCGAUCAUGAUGUAUGGUAUCUACGUGCGUCGUAUGAUUCAAUGGGGACUUCCGUCGCCAAACUCACGGCCGGGCAUGUUCAUCGCAGUCGGCCCACCGGCUUUCACGAGCCUCGCCAUCAUCGGGCUCGCGAACGACUUCCCGGAGCACUACGACUACUUCGGGCCGGACGCGACGACGGUGCAGGUGCUGCGGGUGCUGGCGACGACGGCGAGCAUCUUUGUCUGGUCGCUGAGCCUGUGGUUCUUCUGCAUCUCGGUAGUGGCGAACCUGGCCGUGCGGCAGCACCUCACCUUCCACCUCAACUGGUACGCGUACGUGUUCCCCAACGUCGGCUUCGCCAUCUCCACCACCGCCCUCGGCCACAACCUCCACAGCCCCGCCGUCCGCGCUGUCGGCAGCGCCAUGACCGUCCUGCUUGUCGCCAUGUGGUUGUUCGUUCUCGCCCACCACAUCCGUGCCAUCGCCCGGUGCGACAUCCUCGCCGACGGCAAGGACGAGGACGUCUACGUCAACGAGAAGCGCCACGAGCACGUCAAGCCGCCUAAGAGCGGCUCCGACAUCGAGAAGGAGGCUUGAGCGAGCCGGGCAGCGCAGCCCUCUCACUCCACUCUACUCUCCUUCCUCCCUCCCUCCUUCCUCUCCUAUUAUUAUCUGUGCUACCUCGCCAUCUCUACUCCUUAUCACGGCCACCGCCAGAUAAUAAUAAUAAUAAUAACAAUAAUACUACCGCUACUACCACUGCCGCCAAAAGCUACCGCUCGGCGACGAAACGCCGCCGCCCGCCACAAAAAAGAAGGGCGGAAUAAAAAGGAGAUUGGAUUUUAGCGAACAGUUACGAAAUGUCACGAGAUCACGACCGGACAUGGAUACGAUACCAACUAGACGGACUGGCACCCUGAUCAUAUCAUGUCUUAGACGGUGGGACUGGAAACGGAAAAUCGAAAAUGGGGGCUCUGGUUCUUUUUCUUCUUCAGGCCUUCCGCGACGGCUCUAUAUAGGUAGGUAAUUUGAAACGAGCCCUGGCCUGAGAUAUGUAUGUAUAUAUAUAUAUAUAUAUAUAUGUAAUGCCUAAUUCUUGAAUAAAAAGCGC